GAGCGUGGUGUGGUGGUGCCGGCCAGCCGACAAUCACGGGAGGUUAUGUGGGUCCCUCCACUUUUAUAUACAUAACAACAACAACACACAUACUAGUCAUUUGUUGUUGUGUUCUCCUUUCAUUAAGGUUGUGUUGUGUUUGUUGGGCUUCGUUACUGUACUUUGGUUUCAUUAUUAUGGCGCCGUCUUCUUCAGCUUCUGCUUCUCGUGAGGGACACUACAGAGGGGUUAGGAAGCGACCAUGGGGACGCUACGCCGCAGAAAUAAGAGACCCAUGGAAGAAGACACGUGUCUGGCUGGGCACAUUCGAUACUCCCGAGGAGGCCGCCCUCGCCUACGAUGGCGCCGCCCGCUCCCUCCGCGGUGCCAAGGCCAAGACCAACUUCCCUCCGGCGCCGCCCCUCUGCCUCGACCUCAACGUCCCUUCCUCCGAUCACCGCUGGCCCCACCACGUCCCCCCCCGCAGCCUCGUCCUCAGCGACUUCCUCCACACCGCCGUUCUCAGAGAUAUCGACCCGCCCCAACAACCUUUCCCACCCGCCGCCGCAGUAGCUCACCGAAAUCCCCACGGCGGAGCUAUGCCCGUUGGCGGCGGGGUUCAGGUGAUGGAGGGUUCUCCAACGGCGUCGUUUUUGGGGUUCGUUAGGCGCGGCAUCCCCAUCGACUUGAACGAACCUCCACCCAUGUGGCUAUGAACGAAUGAAAGCCCUGACUAGGUUUCUUACGGCGUCGUUUUACGUUCAGUAGUAGUAUCUAAUUUAUCCACUAUUUUCUCUUAAUAUAUGCUUAGGUUUUACUAUUAGCGUUGUACGUUGAUCGUAGAGGGAGUGGUAUCUAUCUGUCCAUGUGAGUCUAUCUAACACUAGGUAAAUGAAGGGAAAAAAGAACAGCUAUGAUAUUUUGUAUAUAAAGUACAUUUAUUUAUUUUUCCUUAUCAAUGCCUCUAGGAAUUUAUGUAUGGUUGCGUUAUGUUGGAAUGCGAAGCGAGCGUGUGGGUAUGAGCAUGAUGGCAUUCCUUUUCUAGUCAGACCUCUGCUUCCUAUCAUUUUUGCAGCCUAUAAGUUCCACAA